AUGGGUGCUUGGGGAUACUGCCUGUUCCAGUCAGACCACGACUUCGACAUGGUCAGCGAUCUAAGCCACGAAGCAGGACUCACCAAACUCGAAAAAGACGCCCGGGUCAGUACCAAAGCCACAGGAAAGAGUGAUGAAGAUAUAGAGCGCGAUAUCUUCUACAGCAUCUACGGCAACCUUUGUUCAGAUCCUGAGUUGGUCCGCAGGCACCUUGACUCCAGUAUCCUCGUUGACAUGAUCGCCAAAAAGGAGACGAAGAUGCUGACCCCUCGCACCACUGGAUUAAAGGAAAAGUUGUUCGGAGACUGGUCGACAGAUCCUUGCUACGAGUACAUCCUGCUCGGUGCUUGCGCUAUGACGCUCGGAUGCCAACUUCCUGCCACUUACCUGGCGAUGCUCAAGAAGGUCUACACUGAAGGUGGAGUCAUGCCCGACGGACAGCGGCAAAUGAAGAAAGCUCUCUUUGGUCCAGGUGGCUACAAGAACGGAGAGCCGUAUGACUUCAAGUCCAAGACCAUCCUGGAGGAGGCAAACUCUAAACCCGCAAAGGAGCCCGAGGACAACGGACGAGGUUUCAUGCUUAUGAAUGUGCCUGGUCCUGGCGGUUUCUUCAACACCGGCAUGACCACCACAUCAACCUCGCUAGUCAUCAAGGAACUUCGCUCGCAGUUGAAUAAGCCAAAUGAGUGUGGUGGCUGUGGUGUAGCAUCUAGACCGAAAGGCGAGGCCCUGCUCGCAUGUGGCAAGUGCAAGAACCGCAAGUACUGCUCAACUUCGUGCCAGAAGAAGCACUGGAAGAUCCACAAGAAAGUCUGUGAGUCCGCCAAGGUUUCUCUGUAA